AUGAUCAUUACCAGUGCGACCGAACUACGGAUUAGCCUCACUGAUGUCUUCUUUGAAAAAAAACAAAUAACAAGACAUGGCACGACGGUUCUCAGACGACAAUGCCCUCCCCAAAGGCUGGCGAACAAGACGGCCUGGAUUCUCAUUUACUCAUUUGCAUUCUUACUCCGCAUUAUCCCUCUUGUCACAUUCUACCUCUUUUAUUAUAUCCCACCUUCGAAUCGUCAGUCCAAAACAUGGACCUACCGCCAGGCUCUCUUCACUCGACUUCUGAAAAGAUUCUGCAACCUCGUCACGGCCACCGGCACAACCACACCCUUGAGCUUGGAGGCAGACAGCCUUGGUACUCAAUGGGUGGUCAUGACUCCCGCCCCCGACAGGUCAUACCGUGGACCUCUUGCAAGUGAUACCGCCAAGCCAGAAAAGAUCGGAGCAACAUGGUAUCCUCACCCGUCCGCCGAAAACACAGACGUUAAUGAAAAGGGGCUCGUCGUUCUCUCAUUUCACUCCGGCUCGUUCCUAUGGAUGACAGGUCGCCCUGAAGACAGCAGUGCGAUUGCCAGGAAGAUCAACGCGAAAGUUGGGCCCGGUACGCGUUCACUAUGGGUACAAUAUCGUCUGGCAGGUGGGAAGAACCCAACUACUUAUCCUGGACCAAUGCAAGAUGCAAUCACGGCAUACCACUACCUAGUCAAGGAGUAG